AUGUCUUUGCUUAUACCCAGUAAAGUAGACUACGACGACGCUCAUCCUGCGACUAAUCAUUUCCAGGAGUACGCCACAUUGCUCGGUCAACAGCCUCGAGAGGACUUUAGCUGGAAAUUUGAAGUUGUUCCAGGGUUUUUCAUGCAGGCGGAAGAAUCUACUGACGAUCUGAAAUUUCGAUACACGGAACAACAUUUCGGAUUAAUGUUAGAAUCUUGGUCCGAACUCAUUAAACAGGUACAUGCCUUGAACGAGUUUGCUGCCGAUAACGAAUGCUACAAAGUACUCUUUCUGGCCAGACAUGGCCAAGGAUUCCAUAACUUCGCUGUGGGGAAGUAUGGAUUACCAGAAUGGAACAGAAAGUGGCGUCAUCUUACCACUGAUGGAGAAAUUGUCUGGGGACCAGAUCCAUACCUGACAGAGAGGGGUGUUAACCAGGCUUUAGAAAACAGAGACGCAUGGAAGAAUGAGCUCUCUGUAGGUUGUCCUUUGCCUCAAAAAUUUUACUCCUCACCAUUCACAAGAAGUGCAAUGACAUUGGUAAACACUUGGAACGAGAUUCUUGACCUGAAAAGAGUUGCUCCAAUGAUUAAGGAAAAUCUUAGAGAAACCAUUGGUGUCAACAGAUGUGACCAGAGGUCAGACAAGAAAACCAUCGAGAAAAGAUAUGCCAAUCAAUACGGAUUUCAGUUCGAGCCCGGUUUUCAUGAAAUAGACGAUUACUUCACUGAGGAAUGGAGAGAGUCAAUCGGUGAGCAAACCUUGAGAAUAAAUAGAUUCUUGCAAUUCCUGUUCGAUCUGGAUUGGAAUUCAGAAGAGGGAAAAGCUAAAAACCGUCGUGAUUCGACUUUCGUCAGUUGUACAAGUCAUGCAGGAACAAUACGUUCCUUCCUACAAGUUUUAGGUCACCGUGAGUUUACUGUCGGCACCGGAGCAAUGAUUCCUGUUGUUGUAAAAGGCAUUAGACAUUUUAAUUGA